CUAGUAUACCAAGCUAUUAUUGUGAAGGACUAAUCAACUAAUUAUCAUAAAUUUUCCUUCAAGAAUAAUUCAACCUCAACAUUUUAUAUUACACAUUGCGAUCGUCAUCCCAUCCGUACGUCAAACUUUAGGUUAAUUAAAAUAAUCCGCAAUAUAUUCCUAAAGAAAUUUUAUAUAUUUUUGUGUAACAUUUUUCUACGUGUACGGCGCCCACUAUUUUAUAUAUUAUUCUUUCGCGUUUUGUUGUAAUAUCAAUAUCAGUUAGCAGAUAUCUCUGUAAUUUCCUUUCAAUCCAAAGUCAAACCCAGGAAAUAUAGGACUAAUUCAUCAGAAGGAAAAACGCUAAGCCUAAUAUAAGGAGAUAGCCAUUGCCUGUCCUCUUUCCUGUGCCAUAAAGUUCAAUCUGAGAUAUCAACAACACUCAUCUGCAAGAUGGAAUCCAAUUCGAUUUCAAGCUUUGUGAGAAUUCUAAGAGAAUCCCUUUUCAUUUUCCUGAAAAACAAAAGCCUUAUGGCCUGCAUCGCCUUACUCAUCCUCCUCCUUCAUUCUUUCCUGGUCUCCUGCAAAUUCUUCUCCAUCAAGCCUUUAAUGAAAGAUCUUCACAUGGAGGAAACUCGUCUGUUUUUGACGAGUCCACGUAGCUCUCAGCAUACCCACAUCGUUACCGCGAUGACAGCAGAUUUACACGAAUUAGUAGGACUCGAAUGGUUCUUCGCUCUUGCCCUCACUGUGGCCUCCUUAUUCUCAUCUGCCACUGCUGUUUUAGCUUCAGCUAUAACUUAUGGAGAAGGAAACAUAUCUUUCAGAGAUCUUGUGUCAACUGCUUCAGUCAAAUCUUGUCCAAGGCUGUUUAUAACUUGGUUCUACAUAUUUCUCUUUGAUCUUGGUUAUAUUUUCCUCAUGCUCCUUUCGAUUUUUCCCUUCGCCCUGAACUUUGCUUCUCCAUUUCGCCCAACAAUAUUCCUCUAUGUGAUACUGUUUCUGGCGUCAGCUUUUCAUAUGUACUUGGCAGUUGUUUGGAAGAUGUCUAUUGUUGUUUCAGUACUUGAGGAGAAAAGUGGAGUUGACUCUUUUGGGAAGGCUUCACAGAUUUUGAAGGGAUCGAAGUUACAAGGGUUUCUGCUAAAUAUUAUGUUUGGAGUUGGUUUGAUUGUAUAUCUGGUUUUUCAGGACGAAGAAAAGGAUUGGAGUAUACUCUUCGCUGUUAGUGGAUCUGAUAUUUUGGAACGUUAUUUCUGUGUUGAACAUGUCACUUAUGGUGGCAUACACAGUGUUUUACCAUAAAUGCAAGCAGAACCACGGAGAAGAGGUUGAAUUGCAAGGAAGCUUUGAAUACAUUAAGGUUGCCCAUGAGCCAAUGAUUACAGCAUAAAAUACCAUUAUAGGACGACUAUGGCC